AUGCCCGGCCCAGAGACGCCUCCACGAUAUCGGUACACCAAGAGUGGUGACAGUGACGAUGAGGCGAAGGAAAGUGACGCCAAAAACAAAGUCGGCAAGACCGACAGAUUCGACAAGGCUCAGGCAGCGGUCCUGACAUCCAGGAAGCGCUCAGGGUCUUUGGGCCGCCCACUUUGCAUGUCUCGUGUGCUAGACCGUCAAAGACAUGGUGGUGAGGUGCCGCUCUGUGAGCAGUCUCAGGCUUCUCAGGGAGAGCCACGAAAGAUUCGUGGAUGGAGCGAAGCGCCUCGCCGCUUUGUCUUGCAAGCUCCGCCUCUGUUGAAGUUGGGGCAUUUGCAAACACCUGUUCUUCCUGAUCCUUUGAACUCAUUUGGGAUGCCUGGAAAGGUGCAAAAUGCCUAUCCAGGAAGUGAGGGUGUAGGUGCUUCUCAAACAGCAUUUGUGCCACCAGCACCACCAGCUCCACCGGUUCCGGCUCUGGGAAAUCCCUUUGGUGGUCCCUGUGGGCCAUGUGGUCCCUUUCCCUUUCAGCCAACUCCAUCCUUCGACUUGAGAGCUGCUGCUUCCCGCAGAUCUUUGAGCACGGGGAGAAGCUUUCCAUCGGCGCCAGCGCCAGCUGUGGCUCCGAUGCCUCUGGGGGCUCCCAUUCCACCGAUUCCACCAGUUGGGAUCACCCCUAGACCUGGAGGGUUUCCGUAUCACGGCGGUUUGCAGCAACCGCAGGGAUUGAACUUCUUCAAUGGUGCUAUGUCGGUGCCUACACCCACCAGAGCUCGAAGGGAUUCAGAAGAGCACUGCAGAAAAGACAGACGAGAGAUGGAGGAGAGGGAGGGUGACCGUGGGCAGAUGCGGCAGAUGUUACCAACUGAUCCAACUGGAAGCUUUUCCUGCGCGAUGCAGAGACCGCCCAUGGAGCAGGACUCCGUGUCCCAUGGGCGAUUCGAUGGAGGUGGAUUCCAAGGAGCUGGUUCCAUGGGAUCCAUGGGAUCCAUGGGCUUCCAAGGCUUCCAAGGCUUCCAGAGAGGAGACUGGCCAACUGCCGGCAGCUUCACUGAGAGAUCCUCGAAGCCAAAAGAUGAAAGGCCCAGAGACCAAGCCUCGCAAGCCACAGCGCUGUGGAGGGAGCAGCUUCUAGAGAUAGAGGUUGCAACUGCCAUGGAAGCAGCGCAUCCACUGCGAAAAGCGUCAUCGAAUGGGCGCCCUCCAGGUGAGACUCUGCAUGGACACAAGGACGUGGCCGAGACUGCCGGGACAUCUGCAUCUGGAGGUUCUUUGUGGUCGUCUGCUGCGAGCUUUGCUGUACCCGAACAGGCUUCCAGGCCUGCACCGCGAGUGUUGGUGACAGGUGCCACAGGCUUGCUUGGGCGUCAGAUGAUGCGAACGCUCUCAAGCACCAGCUGGGAGGUCUGUGGGCUUUGCAAAAGCAGAACGCAGCCUCCCUCCAUUGUGACCUGCGAUUUGACGCAGGAAGAGGCGUUUUGGCAACUCAUGCAGCAGUUCCGGCCACAGGUGGUGCUACAUCUCGCGGCUGAAUGGCGGCCGGAAGCGCUGCGCCAGUCUCCCGAGCAAGCACGCCAGCUGAACGUCGAUGCUGCAGGUACUGUCGCAGCAGCCUGCGAAAAGUUUAAAGCAUGGCUGGUGCAUUUGAGCGCGGACUGCGUGUUCGACGGGACAAAGCCUCCAUAUUCUGUAGAAUCCAGACCAAACCCGCUGAGCGAGUAUGGUUGGCAGAAACUGCACAGCGAACAACUGGUACGAGCAGCUUGCCCUACUGCAGCUGUACUUCGAGUGCCUCUGCUCUAUGGACCGGUGGAGUCCCCACUGGAUUCGGCUAUCACCAGCCUCUACACAGAUCUCCGCAACGGCAUCCGUGAAGUGGAUGCCUGGCAAUGUUGCUAUCCUACCUGGGCUGGCGAUGUGGCCAACGUCUUGAAGGCCAUGGUUGAGCUUCAUCUUUCAGGAGAGCGCUUGCAAGGCAUCUAUCAUUGGCAAGGUAACGAACAGUUUACCUGGCACGAAAUGAUGUUGCUUGUGGCAGAAACUACUGGACUGGACGCGUCUGGAAUCUCUGCGGUCACCAGUCCACCUGCCACAUCGCUCCCACGUGAUGCUCGGUUGGAGUGCUCUCGGCUGAAUGGUCUUCUGGGUGAACUUGUGCAGCACACUUCGCUGCGCGAAGGCCUCGCCCAGUGCCUGGCACCCUUCCGGCAGCAGAAGGCCCCAGCAAUGGCUGGUCAGAUUGCAGUGAAAGCCAAACCAAAGACGCAGAGAGUGGAAUGGAAGGCUUUGCCACGAGGAGCUCCAUGCCGCCCCAAAGGGUUGCUGAGCGACUUGAAGGGUCAGAAUGCAGCCCUGCAGGAGAUCUUUUGGGAGGAGCUUGAACGAACGAGGGCUCGACUUCAGCAGGCUGGUAUCAACCGAAAGCGCGGUGCCAGUGAAAAGUUGAUACACGAUCAAGCUGCCCCAAACGGUCAGCGCUCAGGACGCCUCGAUGAGCAGAGAGUCUGA